CUCCGGUGAUUAAUCAACCAUCCGAUCCCUCUCAAUUCCGAGAUCCAUUCCGAUCCGUAACCGCCACUUCUGGUGCGAUUUUGAAGAGAAACGAUGGGAAUCAUAGAAACAGGAACUGUAUCAGGUAACUUGCCGAGCAAGGAGAUGUUCGUAGUACACUUCCCUGGCUAUCCAUCGUCUAUCUCCCGAGCCUUAGAGACUCUUGGAGGUAUCCAAGGGAUCACAACGGCAAGAGAGUCAACGUCCAACAAGCUUGAGUUACAUUUCCGUCCUGAAGAUCCUUAUGCACAUCCUGCUUGGGGAGAGAGACGUUCUUGUAACGGUUUUCUGUUGAGGAUUUCUAAGGAGGAUGGUGUUAAGAGAGGUUCUUCUUUGCCUGAAGUUGGUACUAGUGAUGCAUGUCCGUCUCUGUGUGCUGAUAUUGUAGCUCGUGUUUCUGAGUCGUAUUGCUUUGAUGGGAUGGUUGACUACCAGCAUGUUAUUCCUAUUCAUGCGGAUGUUGCACAGCAGAAGAAGAGGAAAUGGAUGGAGAUGAAUCCGCUUGCAGGAAACGAUGAUCUAAUGGAUAUGGCUGAUGAAGAUGUGAUGAUGUUAUUGCCACAGUUCUUUGCACCUAAAGAUAUGCCAGAUAACUUGGUGCUGAAACUUCCAGGAACAUCGGGUCCAAAAAAGAAAGAAGAGGCACCAACUCAGAACCUUUGUGAGGACGAUAUUGGCCCAGUAUUUGCAAUUGAUUUCAGUGUCAAAGAGAUCCCAAAGAUGUUAAACUGGAAAGACUUCGUUGAUCCCAGCUCUGACCAGUGGCAAUGGCAAGUAGCAGUGUCUGCAUUGUUUGACGAGCGACCUGUGUGGACAAGAGAUUCCAUAGUCCAACGUCUACUUAAUAAAGGUCUUAAAUGCACACAUCACAUGCUAAACAGGUUUCUUUUUCGGUCUGCAUAUUAUUUCUCGGGUGGCCCAUUUCUUAGGUUCUGGAUUAAAAGAGGCUAUGAUCCAAGGAAAGAUCCUGAGUCUCGUGUAUACCAGAGAAUGGAGUUCAGGGUUCCACCUGAAUUAAGGGGUUAUUGUGAUGCCAAUGCAAGUAACAAGUCAAAGCGAAGCUGGGAAGACAUUUGUGCUUUCAAAGUUUUCCCUUUCAAAUGCCAAACAUUUCUACAGCUAUUUGAACUCGACGACGAGUAUAUUCAGCGAGAGAUAAGAAAGCCUCCCAGGAAAACUACUUGUAAUUAUAAAACGGGAUGGUUCUCAGCAGCGUUGCUUGAUAACCUGAGACUCCGCGUAGCUGUGAGGUUUGUAUCUGUGUUUCCUGAGCCAGGUUUCGAAGAUGUUAUUAAAUCUAUUCACGAUGAGUUUGAGAGGUCAGAGAAGACACGAACUCAGAAAGAUGCACUGAAAUCUUGCAAACCAGAUCAACUGGAGAAAACUAAAGGUGGGGAAGAUAUGAAAAAGAAUAAAAACACAAACAAAGAGAAAGAGGUAUCAGCGGAUGAAGAUGCUGAAGACGUGGGUGAUGAUGAAUACGAGGAACUCGAUGUGGCUGCAGAUGAUGAUGAUGAGAUAUCGUUAAAUUCACAUGGAUAUGGUGAGAUGGAGAGCAACAACUCGAGAACGUAUCUCCAAGGUUUGUUCGAUAGAUUUCCAAGCAGCAACCAAGCUUUAGAUGGUGCUAGCGACGGUAGUGAUGAAGAGUAUCAGAUUUACGAGCAAGAAUCCAACGCUUUGGAUGACGAGGAUGAAGAUGAUGAUGAUGAUGAUGAUGAAUGAUGAACUUUGAACAUAAUGCGUAAAUGUAAUGUAAGGAGAUAACGUAAGUGUAUUACUAACUAAACUCAACAACAACAAAGCUGUAUGUACGUACAUAGGGAGUUAGCUCAAGAACAAAAUUGAACUCUCUCUAUAUAUUAAUGUCAUCAUCAAGCUAUUAAAUUAUUG